GCCUGCUGCCACAGCAGUGAUAUCGUUGGCAUUUGGACGUUACAUUUUGGAACCUUUCUUUAUGCAGUGUGAAAUCCCAGAACUUGCAAUUAAACUUAUUACAGCUGUUGGCAUCACACUGGUGAUGGUCCUGAAUAGCACAAGUGUCAGCUGGAGCACCCGCAUUCAGAUGUUCCUUACCUUUUGCAAGCUUGUAGCAAUUCUGAUAAUUAUAGUCCCUGGAGUUAUUCAGCUAAUUAAAGGAGAAACGCAGCACUUUAAAAAUGCCUUUGCAGGGAAUGAUGCCAGUGUUAUGGGAUUACCACUUGCUUUCUAUUCGGGAAUGUAUGCCUACUCAGGCUGGUUUUACCUCAAUUUUGUCACUGAAGAAGUGGAAAACCCUGAAAAAAACAUACCCCUCGCAAUAUGCAUUUCAAUGAUUAUCGUCACAGUUGGCUAUGUGUUAACAAACGUGGCUUAUUUCACUACAAUCAGUGCUGGGGAAUUGCUGCUUUCAAAAGCUGUAGCAGUGACCUUUGCUGAACGACUAAUGGGAAACUUUUCUUUAGCUGUACCAGUAUUUGUUGCUCUCUCCUGCUUUGGAUCUAUGAAUGGUGGCAUUUUUGCAGUCUCCAGGAUGUUCUUCGUUGCCUCCCGCGAGGGUCACCUUCCAGAAAUUCUCUCCAUGAUUCAUGUCCGCAAGCAUACUCCUCUGCCAGCUGUCAUUGUUUUGUAUCCUCUCACAAUGAUAAUGUUAUUCAAUGGGGAUCUCUACAGCCUCCUGAAUUUCCUCAGUUUUGCCAGGUGGCUUUUUAUUGGACUAGUAGUCGCUGGGUUGAUUUAUCUCAGAUAUAAACGUCCUGAUAUGCAUCGUCCUUUCAAGGUUCCCCUGUUUAUUCCAGCACUGUUUUCCUUCACCUGCCUCUUCAUGGUUGCACUGUCACUUUACUCCGACCCAGUGAACACAGGGAUUGGAUUUGCAAUAACCCUGACUGGCAUUCAAAAAAAAUGGGACAAGAAGCCAAAGUGGUUCAGAAAGCUCCUAGACAGGAUAACGAUAACAUUGCAAAUCCUCUUGGAAGUCAUCCCACCAGAGGAAGACCAGAGAUCAUGA